AUGUCUGCCAUUGGUUCCUUGAUUUUCUGCACAGAUUGCGGUAAUCUCCUUCGAGAAUCUACCGGCAAUGCGGAUGCGAUUCUGCACUGUGAUGUCUGCGGCACUCGGAAUAAAGAUACAAUCCCCCAAACAACCGUGUCUGAGUCCAAGCCCUCCUCAUUCCCCUCAUCACUGAGAGCCAAACGAUCGGCAGUCCAGACCCUGUCAGCAGAGGACCGGAAGACUGAGGCUAUCAUCGAUCGUACAUGUAGCGAGUGCGGGAGGAAGCAGAUGUUCUACACUACGGUGCAACUGCGCAGUGCCGAUGAAGGAAGUACUGUGUUCUACAGAUGUGUCUGCGGAUUCAAGGAAACCUCGAACAAUUAA